GAUAUCACAUAUUUCUUUUACUUGACAGGCUUGCUUUUUGUAGGUUUUGUGAAUUAUUGUCAUAGUUUCUUGAAAACUUGUUCGGUCCCACUAAAUCACUCGCCAAGGAAUUUCAAUUUUGUUACAGAAUGGCCCUGAGCAUAUGAAAAUUACACCACUGAUGUAUUUUUCUACGCUUAUUCAACGCUGAAUCGGGUUCGAAGCUCUUUGAAGAAUUGAAUUUGUCGAGAUGGCGGACGGAGGUCGAAUCAGGAGAAAAAACAAGAAUGAAAAACGGGAAGGAUACUUGUUGGAGUUUAUAAAGAGCACGUGGUAUACAUUUGCUCUGGGUUUGUUCUUAAUUGCUGGAGCGAUAGUUUUCAUGGGGAUUGAAGGGAACCACGAAGAGUUUGUGGCUUACAGACUUUUGGAGGAACAACAUGAAUUCAACACAACCCUUCGUGAGUGGUUCCUAAGUGAUAAAGCCGGCGCAGUAAAGCUACGAGACGAUCUCGGUUUAAAAGAAACAAUGGAUGUAAAGUUGUUUAACGAGAUAUUUGAUGGACAAUACAAUAAGAACUUCACUAACAUCCGGAAAUUUAUGCAAAGAAAUUGUUCGCAAGCAAAAAACAUUCUUACCUCGUGGAAUAAGAAAAAUUCGGGAGACGCGUUCAAGUACGCUAUCAGCAUUAUGUCUACUGUUGGAUAUGGAGUGUUCUACCCUCCUGAUGUAACGCUUAGAAUUAUAACUAUUCUUUAUUUAAUGUUUGGAAUUCCUCUUUUCGGUGCACUGAUAAACCAAAUCGUCUGUUUUCUCGACUGGUUUGAAAAGAAGAUGGUAACAAAACAAUGGGUGAAGAAAUACCUUGGCGACGAAACUAUCUUUCAUACACUCCAACUUGUAUUCGUCAUCAUAGUUGUCUUGCUAUAUGCUGUGAUUUGUGAUCAGAUAGUUGAAGCGGAGAGGGAAAGUAAAUUAAAAGACCUCUUAAUCGAAGCAGGAAUAUUUGAUGAGUGGCACUUUUUCAAUGCUCUCUACUUCGCAGUGCAAACAGUCACUACAAUAGGCUUCGGAGACAUAUACAUCUACAGUCCAAAACAUGCCCUGCUCCACAUAGGUCCUGUUGCUAUGGUAAUAAUGGAUGCCUUAAUCAUAGCACUAUUUUCUAGAGUCUUUAACAGAUUCCAGGCAAAUGUGGAAAAGUCGGCUACCAAGAAGACAGUAAGAGCCAGAAACAGUAUUGCGUCAAUUAAUUUGGGAGUUAUGAGAAUUAAUCGGCAGCCGAUUGAAGAGUUGGAUGAAAUUUCCGAGGAGAUUGAUGAAAUAGUUUGCGAAAGUGACAACUGACAGUUACAAAUAUCAGUGUAAAAUUUUGAAUAAAUUUGUGUAAUAGCAUUGUUUUUUAAAGGUCGUACUUUGGUUUCAGCACAUGGAAAUUUCUAGAUAAUGAGUCAGCUAAAUGCUAAAGAACUUUUAACUUGUGUUGAUGAAAUUGAAGUCUUAAAGUAUUCUUAUUUUUUUGUAAACAUUUUUAUUAUAAUUCUUCUGUGCCAUACCAAUCAAUUAAAGUAAUAGUAUUAUUGAUAGCAUCUAUUAUCAUUCAUAUAUCAGCGUGAAUAUUUU